CGCGCCCGUCGCUACGUGUACGUUCGAGGGGGGAGGGGCGCGUAAACAGAGAAUUCCGAAAAGGAAGGGAGUGUUGCUUUCAAUUGAUACUGCAAAUACAUCAAGGUUCGAAUCAUGCCCAUUCGCCGAGCAGCAGCAGCAGCCCCACCUAAAGAAGAGGCACCCGAAGCGAAUGCCCCUGAGGAAGAUGCUGCCACCGAAGAUUCUGCCCCUGUAGAGAAGGAGAAAGAUAAAGAGCCAGUGCCUGCAUCAAAUGAGGAGGGGGGGGAUGGAGAUGAUCAGGCCAAAAAAGAUGGAGAGACAGCUGAUGAGGGGGAGAAAUCCGAGGAAGCAGGAACUGAACAAGGGAAGAGCAAGAAGAAAAAGGUCAAGGAUGUUGCGAAAAUUGAAAAGGAUGGAGAUGACAAAGGCAAAAAAGCAAAAAAAAAGAAGAUUCCUGUCUGGGCGGCUAUCUCCAGCAAGAGAUUUGCUGCAACUUCGCUUUCCCAGCCCAAAGUUGAAGAAAUCAUCAUAGAAGCCAUUGAGAGUUGCAAAGAACGGGGUGGUGUCUCUGCCGUCACCAUGAUCAAAUAUGUGAAAAAGAAGUAUCCAUCUGUGGAAAUGGACAAAAAGACCAAAAAUCAGUAUAAGAAGGCCCUGAAGCGAAUGGUCGAGAAGGGAGCUGUCAAACAGCUGAAAGGCAAAGGCUUCUCUGGAAGUUUCGCCAUUGGAAAGAAGUCGGCUGUGACUGCAGGGACGAAGGAGACACUGGGAGAUGCUCUGCCUCUGAUCAUCACUCGACUCUGUGAACCCAAGGAGGCCUCGUACAUUCUCAUCAAGAAAUACCUGGAGCAACAUUUCCCUCAACUCAACGUAGAAAACAGGCCUGACGUGUUGAAGAACUGCCUGCAAAGAUCAGUGGAAAAGGGCUACCUGGAGCAGAUCACAGGCAAAGGAGCCUCUGGAACCUUCCAGCUGAAGAAAGCUGGAAAAGAGGUGCUCAUGGGCGGCGGACUGCUGGAAGAUGCUAUAGUGGCCGCCAUCACGGCCAUGAACGAACCCAAGACUUGCAGCAUCACCACACUGCGCAAGUUCCUGAUGGAGGAACAGAAGGAGCGGAAUGUCUAUUUAAUCGUGAACAACAUGAAGAGGACCUUGCAGAAGUGUAAAAUGAUGGGAUGGAUGGAGCAGAUUUCUGGUCAUGGACUCAGUGGCUCGUACCAGCUUAGCUACCCGUAUUACCCAAGCCCAGCAGUUCUGUUUCCAGAGAUGAUGGAAAAACUCAGACAGAAGGAGGAACAGAAACUCAGACGCAAGAAGAACAGUGACGAGUCAUCUGAUGAAGAAUCCGAAGAAGAGGCGGAGGAAGAAUCUGAAGAGGAAGAAUCAGAUGAUGAGCCUCCCCGAAAAAAGAGGAACCAGCGCUCUGCUCCUAGAGCUCGUCAAAAUGAAAAGGCCACAUCCAACAGCAGAAAAUCCACUGUGGCAAAGAGAUCCAUUGCACCAGCCAAGAAACCUGCUCGAUCAGCCAAGAAACCUGCUCGAUCAGCCAAGAAACCCGCUCAAUCAGCCAAGAAACCUGCGGUCGCUGCGAAAAAAGCACCUGAACCUAAAGCCACACCAGUCAAGAAAGCUGCCCCGACCAGCAAACCUAAAACACCUAUAGCCAAAAAGAUGACGAGCAGGGGAAUCAAACGGCCGGCACCUAAGGCAGCAAAGAAGGAGGAAUCUGCAGUGAAGAGUAAACCUGGUGCCCGCACGUCACUCCGAGCACGGAAAUGAGUCCACGCUUACUCAAAAGAUCAACUGUAGCUCUCUAGACUGCAGUACUGGCUAUUUUCUCCUAUUGUUUUUGGUUUAGAAGCUUCCUCAUUCUCCUAGUCUUGGGUCUUUGAUGAAGAUUUAUCGACCUCUUCAAAGUUACUCUGCUGUUUUCCUACCACAGGCAUUUUCUGUUCAAUAUUCUUAAAUUACAGGUAAAGGUGUAGAGUGUAGAUGCUGUUUGUGUUGUUUAAGAUGCUCAUUCAGGUCACCAUUAUGAGAAGAAGCUGUCACAUUGUCUCAGUUGUGCACCAAUGAAAAAUAAAAUUAUUUGAAGUUCUUCUGGUCAGGCUUUCUAGAGAAGCGAGCAUUUCAGUUGUUCGGUCAAACCCUUUCUUUAACAUUCAAGUCUAAUCAGUGUUCAAGAAAAUUCUAUUUGUACGUUUUCUUUCCAUUUUUUUGGUCAUGUUUUGUGAAAUUAGGUCUUUAGCUACUGUUGUUAUCAAAAAGAGUUUUGUUGCUGUUGGUUCCUUUGUGUAAGUCAAUUGAAAGAAAAAUGAUUGAUUCCUAACUUUCGAACGCAAAAAUUAAUUUCAAAUUUGAUGAAUUUAGAAUCAUGAAAUAAACUUUGGCAUCCAUAUCCACGACUGUCAUUUUGUUCCAUUUAGACAAUGAAGGAGAAUGUAAGAUGUUCCAAGCAAAUGUUUAAAACGUUUACAGCACUAUUAACCCGGUCAUACUCUUGUGUGUUAGUAUAUCAGGGGAGUUAGAUGUAAUUUUAUGAGCGCUGCUCACCUUACCCUGCAUGCAUGUAACUGAUAUACUUUUCUGUAGUCCUUAAUAAAGUGACUAUAUUUGUACUUCA